GGCAAACGGGCAAAGCACCGUUUCGGGCAGCUUGACACGCCCAAAAAGAGAAGGAUGAGUAAUUUCUCUCACUUACUUUUUUCUUCUCUCUCUACACACAAUGCAACAACUCACAGUCCAGAGAGAGAGAGAGAGAGAGAAGGUAGUACAAAUAUGUGAAAAGUUUGUAACAGAUAAACAAAAAGGGAUGCAUUACAAGAAGGAGAAGAACUAAACUGAACUGAAAAAAGCACAAAAAGAGUUGUAUUAGAGUAAAGGGGUACCAAAAUCUUGAAAAUAGAAGUGUAAAAAUUUGAUCUUUUUUUUUUGUGGGUAGUGUGAAUGAGAUUGAUUAUUGGGUUUUGAGCUUUGUGGGGGUGUUUAUUUUUUGGUUUGGUAAUGAGGGUUAGGGUUUUCUUGAUUUUUUGAGUAAAUGCUGGAUUUUUUGAGUUUGGUUUACUUGGAUCUAGGAGGUUUUUUCAGUGAGCUAGCUUCUUGAUUUGUAAACACACACACACACACACACACACACACACAUAUAUAUAUAUGUUUGUGUAUUUGAUGGUGAAGGUGAUGGAGAAGGAGGCGUUGGUGUCAUUGUUGGUGUGGCUAAUCCUGAUUGUACAUCCUUUUAAGCUCAUUUGUGGUAAUAUGGAAGGUGAUGCGUUGCACAGUCUGCGCACCAACUUACAGGAUCCUAACAAUGUGUUACAGAGCUGGGACCCUACCCUUGUUAAUCCUUGCACAUGGUUUCAUGUUACUUGCAACAAUGACAACAGUGUUAUAAGAGUUGAUUUAGGAAAUGCAGCUUUAUCUGGUCAGUUAGUCCCACAGCUUGGCCUUUUGAAGAAUUUGCAGUACUUGGAGCUUUACAGCAAUAACAUAAGUGGUCCAAUACCGAGUGAUCUUGGAAAUUUGACUAAUCUGGUCAGCUUGGAUCUCUACUUGAACGUCUUCACCGGUCCCAUCCCGACUUCCUUGGGCAAGCUGUCGAAAUUGAGAUUCCUUCGGCUCAACAAUAAUAGCUUGUCUGGUGACAUCCCAAUGUCACUGACUAAUAUCUCAUCACUACAAGUGUUGGAUCUGUCAAACAACCGUCUCUCAGGUGCUGUUCCAGAUAAUGGUUCCUUUUCUCUAUUCACACCUAUCAGUUUUGCAAAUAAUCUGGAUCUUUGUGGGCCUGUAACUGGACGUCCUUGCCCAGGAUCUCCUCCAUUCUCUCCUCCACCUCCAUUUGUUCCACCACCGCCAAUUUCUACUCCAGGAGGAAAUGGUGCAACUGGAGCAAUUGCCGGAGGUGUAGCUGCUGGUGCUGCUCUACUAUUUGCGGCUCCUGCCAUUGCAUUUGCCUGGUGGCGCCGUAGAAAGCCACAAGAAUUUUUCUUUGAUGUACCAGCUGAAGAAGAUCCGGAAGUUCACCUAGGUCAACUGAAAAGGUUCUCCCUUCGAGAGCUACAAGUUGCAACCGACAGUUUUAGCAAUAAAAACAUUCUGGGUCGAGGUGGAUUUGGUAAGGUAUACAAAGGACGCUUAGCUGAUGGAUCAUUGGUGGCUGUUAAGCGGCUAAAGGAGGAGCGUACUCCUGGAGGGGAGUUGCAGUUUCAAACAGAAGUUGAGAUGAUUAGCAUGGCAGUGCAUAGGAAUCUUCUACGAUUGCGUGGCUUCUGCAUGACACCAACUGAAAGGCUGCUUGUCUACCCCUACAUGGCCAAUGGAAGUGUUGCAUCAUGCCUGAGAGAGCGACCACCAUCUGAACCGCCACUUGAUUGGCCAACACGAAAAUGCAUCGCUUUGGGUUCUGCCAGGGGAUUAUCAUAUUUGCAUGAUCAUUGUGACCCUAAGAUUAUCCAUCGUGAUGUGAAAGCUGCAAAUAUAUUGCUAGAUGAAGAAUUUGAGGCUGUUGUAGGAGACUUUGGUUUGGCUAAACUUAUGGACUACAAGGAUACACAUGUUACUACUGCUGUGCGUGGUACAAUUGGGCAUAUAGCUCCAGAAUACCUGUCCACAGGGAAAUCUUCAGAAAAGACUGAUGUUUUUGGAUAUGGGAUAAUGCUUCUGGAGCUAAUCACCGGCCAACGUGCUUUUGAUCUUGCUCGGCUUGCAAAUGAUGACGAUGUCAUGUUGCUCGACUGGGUGAAAGGACUCCUUAAAGAGAAGAAAUUGGAAAUGCUGGUUGACCCUGAUCUUCAGAACAAAUACGUGGAGGCUGAGGUGGAGCAACUGAUCCAGGUAGCAUUGCUUUGUACUCAAAGCAACCCAAUGGAUCGGCCCAAGAUGUCGGAGGUGGUGAGAAUGCUUGAAGGCGAUGGCUUGGCUGAAAGAUGGGAUGAGUGGCAGAAGGUAGAAGUUCUACGGCAGGAGGUGGAACUUGCACCACAUCCUGGUUCUGAUUGGAUAGUUGACUCAACAGAGAAUUUACACGCAGUUGAAUUAUCGGGUCCAAGGUGACCGUACUACCCAAGUAAAGAAAAACAAAUCUUAGGAGCUCUUAUUUUUGUUGACCUUGUCAAAGUUUUUCUUGUGGAACUUUUAAGUAAAAUCACCAGUUGUAAGUUUAUGAAGUGUAUGUUACAUUGUGCAUAAGAAUUUGUACUAAUAGGAAUUCUAAAUCCACCCCUGACAAGUUGCACAUAGGCGUAGUAGUUAAGUGCUUUAAAGUCGUCUUACACAGUAUGCUGUUAGCUGAGUCUUGUUUUCAGUGACAUUGUUCUACUGACACUGGAAAUGAAAUCAAUAUAUUGAGGUUAUUUACAAA